AUGUCCCGCGUUUUCAAAGGCGGAUGCUCGGGUUCAUCGAUCGAUCGCGCGACGGCGGCUUCGAUCAGCUCAAACUGCUCGCGCUCGUCUCGCUUCUCGUCGCGUCGGCGCUCGCGUGCCGGGAUUCUUCUUCGUCGCGGCUGGCAUUGUGCAUCGAGCGCCGUGCGCGGGCGAGGCCUCAUGGUAGCGGUCGCCGCCGUCUCCGCGCUCCCCGCGGUCGGGACGCGCGCGCGCGCCCGUACCGCCGCGCGCGGUCUCCGCGUCCGCGUCCGGCGCAUCGUCGCCGCCCCCGCGGUCUUCGCGCGCGUCGCGCCGGAGGACGUCAUCUUCGUCGCGCCGUCGUCGCCCUCUUCCGACGACGACGAUUUCGACGCGUCGUCGUCGUCGUCCUCGUCCGCGCGGCGGCGUCUCCGAACCGCGUCGCUCGCGACGCUGUCCAUCGUCGCCGCGGCGACGACGUGCUGCGUCCACGGCGCGCCCCCCGCGUGGGCGGGCUCCGGCUCCGAGGGCGGCCGACACGGCCGAAGCAAGCUCCGCGAGAAGGAGGAGCGAUACGAGCGCGAAUCCUCCCGCGGCGGCGACGCCUCGCAUCACGCGCAUAGCGCCGGCGGCGGGAAUGGCGGCGGCGACCGCAAGCCCGUCAGCUUCGACGACGGCAAGCUCGUCGUCGACCUCAAAUCCCCGCAGAAGGCGGUGGAGUCGCUCGGCCAGCGCGUCAAGCGCGCGCAUCGAAAGGCGAAGAAGGCGAUCAAGAAGCGCGUCGACAAGACGCUCAGACCCGACCGCAGCCGCGCCGCGACGUACGCGUCGGGCGACCAGGCGUCGUUCAGGACCGCGCGCGGCGGGCCAGCAGCGGCGUACUACGACUCGGGGCCGCCGCCGUGGGUGAGCGGGCUCGUGGGAUGGGCCGGGCUGUUCGCCGUCGCGUACGCCGUCAUCAGAGUCUUCGGCCUCGCCCCUCGCGGCGGCGGCGGGCUGUCGUUGCCGUCGUUCGGCGGCGGCGGCUCGCGACGGAAACCGCCGCGCGGGAGCGGACCGGGGCGAUGGGUGAAGGACCGGACGUUGGGCGGGAGAGAAAUCUGGGUCGAGGACGCGUUCGCGCGCGGGACCCGCGGGAACGCGCUCAGCGGGUCGCUGGAGGGUCUCGGCGCGGGCUCCGGGCUCAGCGAAGCCGCCGCGAAGGAACGCCGGCGAAGAGAGGCGAAGGAAGCCGCGGAGCGCGCGGCGUCCGCGGACGCGACGGAACCGAGCUGGUGGUCGCGUCCUCCGCCGGGGUACUGCCCGGAGAGCGCGAGAGAGGAGCGGUUAAUCUACGCGCGGUCGGUCCUCGCGGCGCUGAGCGCCAAGCGCGUGAGCGGCGUGGAGUACGACCCCGCGGAUCUCGUCGCGUUGAGAGACGCGUGCCAAGCCGCCAACGCGUCCGUGAGCGACCGCGUUCGACCCGAGAGCGCGCGAUCUGGGAUCUUCAAAGCCGCGGUGGAGUUCGCGCUGGACGCGGCGUCGCAGCGGAGUACCACCGGCGUCGUCGGCGUGCCCGCGCAGUUCCUCGCGGGCAUCGCGGAGGACGUGGGGGUGCCGCCGGGGAAAGCGGGGAGGACCGUCGCAGCGGGGGUCGCCGCGCGGACGCGACGCGACCUCCUCCAAGCCGGCGCGCAGAGGAGGCAGGGGGACGACGGCGGCGCGAUGAUGACGUUGGACGGUAUCAUCGGGGUGCUGGACGCGUUUCCGCCGGGGAGCAACAGCGCGGAGUUUGAGAUGAUCGCGGACGGGUUGGCGCUGACGUCGACGCUCGAGGAACGCGCCGGGCUGUUGAAGAUGUUUCAGAGCAUCGGCGGCGGGGGGAACGACGCCGCCAUCGCGGAGGCGCUCGGGGUCGGUCGAGACUGGUCGUGA